GUCUGGCGGGCAGAGUCGUCAUCCAAAGCUCCCAAACGAGAAAUUCGCUUUCUGCCUGCUCUCAUGUCCAUUCACACACAGGUGUGGAGGGCAGUCUUUGGACGCCCCGCAGAUGCAAUAGAGAAGAGCGUGGAGAAUGAAGAUGAAUACAUGAUUAUCGACAAUGAUCCUCCGAUCGAACGUCAUAUAUCUGUCCCUAAAGAUAUGAAUCAACUUAGUUGUUCUUCAUUCACUGCUGGGGUCGUAGAAGCGGUCUUGGACGGACUAGGAUUGCCUGCACGUGUGACAGCUCACCAUACCCCUACACAGCAGUUUCCAUCGCGUACGACUAUACUCAUUAAACUUGACAAAUCUGUACUAGAAAGGGAAGAAAUCUCAAGUGAACACGUUCUGCAGUCUUCCCAUGUUCCAUCCUCUCAUCACGAAGAACGAUAA